UUCAUGUACUCAAACUUGACUGCCACACACUCCUUCCCUCCAUCUCAGGAUCCCCCUUCAGCUUGUAACUCAGCCAUUUACCACCGUCAAUUACUCUGAGAUGGCUCCUGUCGUCCGUUUCGCUGCUUUCAAGUACAAGCCUGGGACCACUGAUGAACAAAAGAGACACGCUCUUGAGGGUCUCAUCAAGCUUUAUGAAGAGAACGCACGUAUGGUUAACCACGGCCCUGUCGGUGGCAGGAACAAUAACCCGGAGGGAUUUGAUAAAGGCUUUGACGUCCUCUUCACAGUCGAAUUCAAGUCCAAGGAGCACCGGGACGAAUUCAUCCCCGACGCGAAGCACGUUGCAUACAAGAUGUCAAUCAGGGAUAUCGUCGAGGAUGUUAUUAUAUAUGAUUUUGAGAAGGGCGAUUAUGGCUAUUAAGCUACAGUAUGGUUCGGGCGUGGUUAAAGGAUGCAUUCAGAGAAGAUAAAUCCAGAGGUUACGCUCACAAGAAAGUGUAAAUGUAUAGCAUAUUAUUUGACGGCAAGUGGUAAUCAUUGCAUUG